GCGAACAUAUUUAUUUCUUUAACGAACAAACAUGAGAAGUGUUUGUUACUUUGUUCCAUACAUGAAAUGAUGAAAUUGAAAUGCGUAAUCUUAAGAUUUCGGCUAUUUAUUGCCCGAUGGAAAAACGAUUAACUGGUUACCAUGAAAAAAAACCGGUAAUUCUCAUUUCUCAUCACUUAGGCCUUGGGCCCUAACAUCUUUUUAAAGUGGGCUGAUAUAGCCCGCUAGAUUGGGGAUAGAAAUAAACAACGGGUCGGUUACUUUUUUUUUGACCCAUCCAGCGAGCGUAUUCUCACCGCUGCUCUUCAUCACCAAAUUAGGUUUUUUUUUUUUACCGUCAGUGGCUGCUGCUGUUGAACGUUUUCUGUCAUCGUCACUCGUCAGUCGCUUUUACCGGUUAUUGUUCUUCUUCGAAUCUUCCCCACCACUUCCGCCUCUGUUUUUCAUUCAUAUUUACUCCUUUGCUCUGUAAAUAGAAUUGAUUAUGUUUUGAGUGAAAUAAAAUUGAAAUAGGACCACAUAAUUCUUAUGCAUGUUGAUGUAUGUUUAUAUAUGAUGAAUGUCUUGUCUGGAGUUUCAUUUGCUGUUGUUGUUGAUUAUUAUUUGAAUACUGAUGCUGUUGUUGUUUAUAAAACUAACCAUUGGUAUUCAACACGAGAUGCAGCAAAUCACCAAAUUGACAUUCUUUUAAAGCUUAAGGGCCCAUUUCGACUCGUAUCUAUUUAUUCUCAAACCCGUUCUGACCAGAACCAAAAUGACCAAUUUUUAAAACGAACCGUCCAGACAUGUUACCCAGGCCUGACUCGACCUGUUCGUUUUGCCAUGUAUAGUCAAACUCUUUAUCAUUUGAAAAUUAUAGUUGUUGUGCAUGGUAUUAAACUGAUUAUAUGAUUGCCUGUAAGUUGAUCAUAAGCAAAAGUAGAUUAUGAGCAUAAGAACUGAUAUAGUGUUCAGUAGAUUAUUACUUUCAAACAUCAAUGAGCAUAAGAGAAGUAUAGCCACACCAGUGUAUGUACUUUUACUUUUUCUUCGAAUUGUUGGGUUACUAUGCUCUACAUUUCCCAAAUGUUAUAUUUGGCUUACUUUCUCUCCUCCUGGCGUGGUCAACAAAGUUAAUCUAAUUAUCUUUUAUUGACCUUUACAGUAACUACUUUUUGCAGUAUUGGUCCAACAAAAACAUCCUGAGAUGAAAUCUAAACGUUUGUCGAAACCUAAACGUUUGUCUAAAGCGAAACGUGUGGCCAAAGCUAAACGAUUGUCUUUGGAUAUAAUUACCACACUUCCUCAACCCAUAAUAGAAACUAUCCUAUGUCUUUUAUCAAUUAAAGAGGCAGCAAGGACAAGUAUCCUCUCGAGGGAAUGGCGGUACAAAUGGACUAAAAUUCCUAAACUUGAUUUUUCUCACCCAUAUGGAUGUCAAAUAAUACCCGAGACAAGUAAACUUAUACAUGCUAUACACCAAGUUAUGUCAUUGCGACAGGGUCCAAUACACGAGGUCACCCUUUUUAUAAAUGAUUUUGACCGCUUUGGAAAAACCGGUUUCCCCUCUUGUGAACUUGAUCAAAUAAUACGUCAUCUGUCGAAGAACCAUCCUGUCAAGAAGUUAAGACUUGAUUUUGAUGCAACUGGUAAUGAUUGUUAUAAUUUACCCAUCUCCGUCUUCUCAUUGCAUCACUUAACGGACCUAUAUCUCGGUUGUUGUGGUUUUGACCAUCAACCGGUAUUCAAUGAAAUUCGUGGCCUUACAAGCUUAUGCUUGGAUCUUAUAAGGAUCUCUAUAAAAACACUUCUGCAUCUUUUAUCUACUUCUCCAUCACUUAAGAGGUUUAGUCUGCUUAUGUUCAAAGACCAUGUUGUGGGGCGGGAUGAAAAAUCCACCAUGACUGAGCUAUUUGAGUGUUUACCUGUAAUUGAACAUCUGACUAUUUGGAGUGAGAUCAGUCCGUGGUUUGUUCCAGACUUGGUUCCACGGGACCUUCCAACCUCACUAAUCCACCUUAAAUACUUUCGUUUCGAACAAAUGUCUUUUCAUGACGGCUAUGCAUUGACUUUUCUUGCUGUUUUGAUCAAAAGCUCCCCGAACUUGGAGAAAAUAGAGCUAGAGAUUGAUGAUCCUGAUCUAUAUGAAAAAUACCAUUCAGAUGUUUGGUUGGAGCAUCUGUCAAAUGUUUGGUUGGAGCAUCUGAUUGAACUGAAGAUUAGAGAUUUUAGCAACUUGGAGCCUGAGUUAGAGUUUGUGAAGCUUAUCUUGGCCAAGUCUCCCAAGCUGAAGAAGGUGAGCAUAAAAUGCGUUGUUAAAAAGGAUCAAGAGCCGGGGAUGUUAAAAACUCUCUUGCGCACCCCACGCGUGUCUGCUGUAGAAAUUGAUGUUGUUUAGAUCACUCAAGUUUCUUUAGAAUUAAGGUUAAGAUUUAUGAUUGUAAUCUCGUGUUUUUGUAUUUCUACAUAUUUUUCUAUAA